CCUUUCGAUGCUUCGCCAAGAUAUUCCUCGUGAUCGGUUCUGUCGAUUUGUUCAGCCAAACGCGUCCCUGAUGAGUUGUUCCACGAGUCCGUGUGUUUCGUUGAACAUUCCUCUCGAUUCCCGGGACACUAUCGUUCGUGUCAAAAUUGACCGCGGUUGUGUACAAUGCAUAUUGAUCUAUUCGUAGCUGUCAUUUGUACAUUGAAUAAUUUCUAUUUCUGCCGCAUGAAUCUCUGAAUUUCAUGUUCUUUCCGUUGACUGUGUUAUUCCCGAUUAUUUCGGUGUCAAAUGAAAUUGCAAAAGAAUUCGAUGAAUCUACAUCGUGAUGGAACUGUUCUGUCGUUGCUCGCUCGUUGAAAAGUACAUGUAUAUUAUUUUCUUUUCUCGUCCAAUCGAGAGCAACAUCCCCGUAACACUUCUUGAAUAGUAUUCUCGCGUUGACUUUUAUUUGUCGGGAGAUGCGCGUUAAUUGCUUGAAGAUUAGUUUAAAAUGCCCUUUGAGAGAAUCUCUUUAGUCUUACGUCGAAUCCAUAACCUGUGAUACGGACAAGGCAGUCUAUACGCAGUGCCAUUCCAAAGAACCAUUGCUCACAGCUGUGCUAAACUAUACAUGCUAUGCUUAUUCCGAAAUAUGAGGUUUCUAGAUUCUCCAAGGUCUGUGUUAUUAACCCUUUUAGCGAUGUAAAGUUGUUACUCCUAGCAUUACAAUAAUUCUGGAUAAAAGAAGCUCAAAUGAGACAUCAACGAGUUACAUUUGCCUGUAAUUAUUUAUAUAUCAAUUUGAAUGUAUUAUAUCAAUUCGAGGCAUGAUAUUCAAAUGCUGUGAAAGAGAGAGGAAUAUAGCAUGAGAAAGAAUAUUAUUGAAAAUGUUACCAAAGGAAGAUAAUGCUGGUUUUCAUACGAAUUUUUAGAUUUGACAUAAUGACCAAAGGAACAAAGAAAGAUUUUUAAUAGCUACAAAGAUACACAGACAAGAGAAACUAUUAAUAGCGACACUUAAAAAUGUCCUGAGAAAAACUUGAAGGGAGAAAGAUUUUUAUUUUCACACUUAUUAAUCUUGUAAGUGAUCUAAUCGUAUUAAGCUUUAAAAAAACAAAAUGGCAAGGAAAAGUGAUAACAUCAAGACUAUCAACGUUGCCGUUGUUGGUCUUUCUGGUACCGAGAAAGACAAAGGACAAGUCGGUGUAGGAAAAUCAUGUCUCUGUAAUCGUUUUAUGCGUUCUUUGAACGAUGAUUAUAAUGUGGACCAUAUAUCAGUGUUAUCUCAGUCGGAUUUUAGUGGUCGUGUGGUGAACAAUGACCAUUUCUUAUAUUGGGGUGAAGUUACAAAAACAUCAGAGGAUGGAUCUGAAUAUCAAUUUCAAGUGAUAGAACAUACUGAAUUUAUAGAUGAUGCAUCUUUUCAGCCUUUCAAAGGUGGUAAAAUGGAACCUUAUGCGAAAAGAUGCGCUGCCACCAAACUUACCAGUGCAGAAAAGCUUAUGUACAUUUGCAAAAAUCAAUUAGGUAUAGAGAAGGAAUAUGAACAGAAAGUAUUACCUGAUGGUAAAUUGAAUAUUGAUGGUUUUUUGUGUGUAUUCGAUGUAAGCGUUGUGCCGAACAGAGCUGUAGAGAAACAAGUUGAAAUAGUAGCAAACAUAUUAAACAGUUUGAUGAAAACCAAAAAGCCUAUAGUUUUGGUAACAACUAAGAAUGACGACGCGAACGAACAGUAUGUGAAGGAAGCAGAGAAGUUGGUAAUUCGUAAAGAGUACAAGGGUUCCAUUUUAGUCGUUGAAACUUCGGCUCAUGAAAAUAUCAAUAUCGAUUUGGCUUUUGUAAUUUUGGCACAAUUAAUUGAUAAAACUAAGACGCGCAGUAAGGUGACACCUUUCGCUGAGGCAGCCAGAUCCAGAAAGGAACUUUUAGAUGCUUCUACAGAAUCAUUGCAGAGAUUGAUUCGAGUACAUGUGACCGAUUAUAGAGCAUUAUGGUCUCAGGCAUCCAAAAAAUUGGCACAGCAUAAAGAAUUCACAGCAUUUGUGGAACUAUUUGGUAUCGACGCGACCCAAAGAUUAUUCAGGAGACAUAUUAAGAAAUUGAAGGACGAGCAGGUAGCAAAGAAAAUUCAAGGCUACUUGGAUAUGUUGCCUGAUAUUCUUCAUAUAAUAUGCCCUGAUGUAACAAACUUAAUCAACGAAGAAUGGUCUGCGGUACAGCAAUAUAUAAAAGAACAUCCUGAUUUUCAUCAAUAUUUCUAUGAAUGUCCUGAAGAUAUUCCAUGGAUAGAUUGUGAUUUUGGUGAAAAUAAUGAAACAAAGGUUCCUUAUGAUGUUCUAGAAACCCCGGAAGCAGAAACUGUCUUCAAAAAUCAUAUUAAUGUUCUGCAGCAAGAGCAACGACGAUUAGAACUUCCCAAAAGAUGGAAAAAGCAGUUUAAGCAACUGUUGGAAGAAACUGGGUAUGUUACACCAGGAAAACACCUAUCUGAAGUCAGAGUACUUUUCAUGGGUAGGGAAUGCUUUGAAGCUCUUUCUCAUCAUGAUUGUCAAGAAAUAUAUGACCAACAUCAAAAAGAAAUUAUUGAAAAAGCAAAGCAUAAUUUCCAAGAAUUAUUGUUGGAACAUGCGGAUUUGUUCUAUCAUUUUAAGAGUAUUGCUCCAUCUGGAACAAUAACACAAGAUGACAUUAAAGAAAUAACAGACGCAUUGGUGGAUGAUUUUAGGUAUAAAGCUUUAGAUAGGUUGGAUCAAGAUAGGAAAUUAAUGCUUUUUCAACACUUGGGUUUUGUACAUUGCCCUAUAAGAGAGCAUUGUCCAGCUUAUCCUAAUUGCAUGGAUGCUCUUAUAGAACGAAUACUUGGUACAAAAGCCCACAGGCCUUCAUCUUGGAACCACAGUAGUCAGUGGCAAUUAACAUCUGAUAACAAUCAGUUAAACUUAGUUAUACUUGGAAGUAACGGAUUGGGCGAGGAGUUUGCUCGCGAAAUAAGAGCCCAGACCGAGGAUGACGAAGUGGAAAUUGAUUGUCAAUUUUAUACACUUGGAUAUCGAAUAAUUGACGGUGAUGUCGGACUACCGCACAAUUCAUUUACCACGUCUGACUUUAUGCCUCAUGGGUCAUUUUGCAUUUAUUCAAACGAAGAUUCGUUUGAGUAUAUCCGUUCUUCUCUAGAGAAGACAUUAUUGUCUAAUCUGGAGCAAGAAGACAGAUUGCCAUUUCAAGGAUUGCCUAUUGUCAUCAUGUUUGUGCCAGAGUCCACUAUAGACGAAAUGGAAGCAAUAAGGCUUAGGCAGGAGGGUCAGAAUCUUGCUGAUAGCUUACAAUGUCCAUUCAUCGACGUCUGCAUUGAAGAUUUGGAGCAAGAUAAAAGGUUUCCUACCGCGCUUGUCAAAGAUGCACUGCAGCAACUUAUACAAUCUAUAAAUCACAGAGCUGGAUUUCUCAAUAUUUACCAAAGCGUCAUUGAAUGUUUAGAACCUGAUAUUAGGAUAAUAAUGUGUAUGUUCUGCGGAGACCCUUAUUCCGUGGAAAACGUGCUUGGCCCCUUGCUUAAUCAUCAGUGUUGUUUCCUGAGUGGUGAUCGUUCGAUCGUUUUAGAAACGUUUUUGGGGGAGUCGAAACGCAGAGUCGAAGUUAUAAUUUCCAGUUUCCAUGGGGCAAACGCAUUUAGGGACGAAUUGGUUCACGGUUUCAUAUUGGUUUAUUCGACAAAGAGGAAAGCAUCGCUCGCGACGCUCAACGCAUUCUCUAUGAAUAUACCAAACCUGCCGAUACAAAUAAUGGCUGUGACUGAUACUGGAGGUGCCAAUGCCUUUUUUAGUAAUGAUUUGAGUCAUUUACUCAUUACGGAAGGAAAUGCAACCGCAGAUAGAUUACAAGCACACUUUAUGACUUCCGCGUCGAGUUGUCAACAAAAAACGGCCUUUUACACCCCGUUCUUCAAAGAAGUGUGGGAGAAGAAACCAGAGAUCGAGCAAGCAUUUAAUAUGGAGGAGCCGGGUAAUUUGAACGACAGUGGUGAAGGAACGUUGGAAUAUUCUGCGUUGCAUCCUAUGCCCCCGCCACGGCACGAGAGUUAUCACCUCCAAACUCCGGAUGACGGUAUGUCUGUAACUUUUAGAAGCGGGUCUGAGUCGUACGAGCAGUUAACUCCCGACGGGGAGCAGUUUGCUGACAAUAGAGCCACAUCCAGCGACGACAGUGAUAUUUAUAUCCAAGUAGAUUUUUGCAGAGACGAAAGGGAAAGGGAAAGAGAGUUAUUGAAAUCUGGCGACAUUGCAAAUAAAUUGUCCGGAUGGGUGAAGCAUACGUUUAUUCAUCAGGACGGAGUGACUAACAGUUACCCUCACAGAGCAUUUACUACGGGUAGACGGCAUAUUUCUCAAGCAAAACCACGACCGAAGGGAAACAGUCAAACGUUAAAACAACCAGGCAAAAUCAAUCUGAAAGACUUCUCGAACGUGACUGACGCGAUAGCCAGAAUGACAAUAGGAGAGAAGGACGAGCACGGUCCUAAAAUGACAAUGGGCCACGCUCCUCUCGCUACGCCUGAAUUGGUAGACCUAGGCUCCGACUACGCCCAAGUUAAAGACGUUGUACCAAGCCUAUAUCCGUCUUAUGAUGGUGAUUACAUGUACGCUUUAGUACAAGAUUCAAUUGGAAAUAAUAAGCCUAAGCUGCGCAAUAGACGCGAGAAGGGACAAUUUUCGUAUCACGAUUCCGAUUCGGAACGGAGUUCUUUAGAAAAUAAGAAACCAGCACCGAACAAACGAAUACGUAGAAAACGCAUCGCCAUACCUGUCGCAGCACCUAAAGUUCCCUUCUUUUCUAAUAGUAAAAUUAGCAGAGAUGGUAUCGUUAGCCUCAAUUAUAACGUUAAGGAAGAUAAAAAUUGGCGGGUAGAUCCUACAGAAAGAGUAUCUAGUGACCCAUCAGACUCGUCAGAGUCUAGCGACCCAGAACCUACUUCAAGAUCGAGGUCGAAACAAUAUAAGCACAUGCCUGCUAAUCUACGAAAAAGGACUGUGAAUGCCUUGUCACAACAGCAUCAACCUGCAACGUCGCAACAUUCAUUCAACGUAAAACAUAUGGCCCAAGAUGUAUUUAGUACUUCUUCAAAGCAAAGAAGCGAUAAUACCUUUGGAAGCAUACAAGAUGACGAGUCGAGCUUAGACGUGCCGUCGCCUCGAGAAACUAAUUCUCCGAGCUUUGGCAUCUCGAACAAGGUGAAAGAUGGCGAUAAAUUAAAUAGAAAGAAGGAUAAGCAGAAGGCGAAGGAAGAUGAAAAAUUGGAGAAGCGCCGACAAAAGGAAGAGAAACUCAAGAAACACGCGGAAAAGGAAAAGGAAAGGGAAAAGAAGAAACAAGAGAAGAUAAAACAGACUAAAGGGCCAGGUGGUUCAUUAAGUGGAAGCCAGGUGCAACAGCAGCCGUUGAUCGAAGACUUCGCCCAAAGUGAAACGAAUCGAAUACCCUUGUUCCUGGAGAAAUGUGUACAAUUUAUCGAAGAUGAAGGAUUAGAUUCUGAAGGGAUUUACAGAGUUCCUGGGAACAGAGCUCACGUUGAACUUCUCUUUCAGAAGUUUGAGGAAGACGAGAAUGUAGAUAUACAUUCACUGGACAUACCUGUAAACGCGGUUGCAACAGCUUUAAAGGACUUCUUUUCAAAGAGGCUGCCACCGUUAAUCGAUAAGGAUCGUAUGAGCGAACUCGAGGAUAUAUCGGGUGCUCGAGGAAUCAGCAAACCAAUGUCUGCCACAUGUAUGAAUAUGGAGGAUCGAAGCUGCAGACUGUUGGCGUUACGUUUAAUGCUCAACAAAUUGAACCCGAUAAACUUUGAUGUUCUAAAAUUCAUCUUCCACCAUUUUGUUAAAGUGGCUGAAAACUGCAAGUUAAAUAGUAUGGACAGUAAAAAUUUAGCGAUCUGCUGGUGGCCUACGUUAUUACCUAUAGAGUUUAACGAUCUCGGCAGAUUCGAGGCAAUGAGACCAUAUUUGGAGGACGUCGUUCAAACGAUGAUCGAUCAAUAUCCUUUCCUCUUUUGCGGUGAAGAAGCCAUCGUAAUGGUGUAGUGAAAGACUACGUAACUUCCGGGCUUGUACAACUUGCAGAGGUUCGUACAAGGAACGGGGGUCGGUCGUCUGUUGUUUCGUUGCUUCAGAUUAAUCCAACUAAAACAGUUUCAAUCCCUACGAUCACGAAACAAUAAUUGGUCUCGCUAUAGUUUAUACUCAUUCUGUCGUAGUGCGUUUCGACUACGAUUAUAUAUAGGAUAAUUCUCGUGACGCAAAAAGGGGAAAAGUAUGAAGUCCGAACAAAUUAAUUUAAGUUAAACAUACUCGUUCCAUGGCGAAGCGUGACUGGCGGGAUGAUAGAUUAUUAUGGUCCUAAAUUAUGGCUGUUUUCAAGCCCGAUAAUAACGCGAAUAAUAUGAAGUCAAUCCAUGUGUCAUAAACAGUAUGCAUGUAUCAUGUUGGAUGUAUUCAGAGCGAUGUAUUUAUUAACAUGUAUUUAGGCGUAAGUCUUGAUAUUUGAUAAUAGCGAAUAAUCGUAGUGGGCUCGAUGUUGCUUUUUUAUCCAAUAUUUUCUCGUUUUGUUUUCCGUACUUACAGUUUUAUCUAAUCGAUAAGAAAGAAACCGAUCUGCCCGUAUGCGUGCCUGUAUAAUGCGUGUGAGAGAGCGAGAGAGAGAGAGAGAGAGAGAGAGA